CGCCUUUGUGCGCUCUUUCCGCGGCUGGUGAUUGUUGAGGUUUGAAAUGGAGAAACGAGGCGGGGGGGGAUGGGGGUGUUUGAUUUAUGGUGCCGGAGCGGCUCCGAAAGCCGCCGUGAGACGGAGCCCUCCCGCCCUUCCCCGGGCUCGCGGUGCUGUUGGAGGGAUCUUUAAAGAGGUGAAGGUCUGGAAACAAAAAGUCGCGCAUGGGACAGGAUUACGCAGCCGAUUCUGGCCCAACCCGGAAGUUUAUGUCGGGAACACGUGCUGGUGGGAAGGCGGCGGGGCAGGAGCCGCCGACCCCCGUCUCUCCCGUCGCCUCCCCCGGGGGCUUCCCCGCCCUGCCGAGCCUGCUGGGGCCCCGCUGCUCCCGGGGAGUUGAACCGCGGCGACAGACACGGCCUCAAAGUCCAGGGACUCUUAACGAGCGCACCUCAAACAGAGGUUGCUAGGGUUGCCUUCUGGAGACAAAAGCUGUGAAAUGAGCAGAAACCACGUGGCUAUCCAGAGAAUCCUGUUGGGUGGGAUGGGGCUCGGCAGCCCUUACACCUCUGCUCUGGGAGGCUGCAAAGGGAGAUGUGAAGUUUUCAGAGAUGGUGGAGCCAGGACAAGAUCUGUUGCUUGCUGCUUUGAGUGAGAGUGGAAUCAGUCCAAAUGAUCUCUUUGAUAUUGACUCUCCAGACGUGGUUCUUGCAAAUCCAGCACCAACUCCAGCUGUUCAGCAGUCAGUACCACUCAGUGCAUUAGAGCUGGGCCUGGAGACUGAGGCUGCAGCUGCUGUGAAACAAGAACCAGAGACUGUCUCCACUCCAGCCUUAUUAAAUGUUCGGCAACCACCAUCCACCACAACCUUUGUGCUGAAUCAAAUAAAUCAGCUUCCAACUCUGGGGACGACAAUAGUGGUGACAAAAACGACGCCUGUCACGACCUCGAGGCAGACGAUCACUGUAGCAAAGAUCAUCCAGACCAGCACAACCACUCGGCCCUCGGUGGCAGCACCAGCAGUUCGCAAUGCCUUGACCACUGCACCUUCCAAGGACCAGAUUCAGCUGAAAGAUCUGCUCAAGAACAAUAGUCUUAAUGAACUCAUGAAACUGAAGCCACCUCCUAAUAUUGCCCAACCAGUAGCAACAGCAGCGACUGACCUAAGCAAUGGUGCAGUGAAGAAGGAGGCUUCCACAAAAGAGGUAGCAAGAAUAUGGAUAAAUGACAUUAAAAUGAGAAGUUUUUCACCAACUGUGAAAGUGCCAGCAGUAAAAGAAGAGGAGGAACCCGAAGAAGAAGAUGAAGAAGAAAUGGGCCAUGCAGAGACCUAUGCUGAAUACAUGCCAAUAAAAUUAAAAAUUGGUCUACGUCAUCCUGACCCAGUAGUGGAAACCAGCUCGUUAUCCAGCGUGACUCCUCCUGAUGUGUGGUACCAGACAUCAAUAUCAGAGGAGACAAUUGACAGUGGCUGGUUGUCAGCUUUGCAGCUCGAAGCAAUCACUUAUGCAGCCCAGCAACAUGAAACAUUCCUGCCCAAUGGAGACAGAGCUGGAUUCUUGAUAGGUGAUGGUGCUGGUGUAGGAAAAGGAAGGACCAUAGCUGGAAUAAUCUAUGAAAAUUACUUGUUAGGCAGAAAAAGAGCAGUCUGGUUUAGCGUGUCAAAUGAUCUGAAAUACGAUGCUGAAAGAGAUUUGAGAGAUAUUGGAGCAAAAAACAUAUUGGUGCAUUCAUUAAACAAGUUCAAGUAUGGGAAAAUUUCAUCCAAACAUAAUGGAAGUGUGAAGAAAGGUGUCAUCUUUGCUACCUAUUCUUCUCUUAUUGGGGAAAGUCAGUCCGGUGGUAAAUACAAAACCAGAUUAAAGCAGCUUCUUCACUGGUGUGGUGAAGACUUUGAUGGAGUUAUCGUAUUUGAUGAAUGUCAUAAAGCAAAGAAUCUGUGUCCUGUUGGUUCAUCAAAACCAACAAAAACAGGUCUGGCUGUAUUGGAACUUCAAAAUAAACUUCCAAAAGCCAGGGUUGUUUAUGCCAGUGCCACAGGUGCAUCUGAGCCAAGAAACAUGGCAUAUAUGAACCGUCUUGGAAUAUGGGGUGAAGGAACUCCAUUUAGGGAAUUCAGUGAUUUUAUUCAGGCUGUUGAAAGAAGAGGCGUUGGUGCCAUGGAAAUAGUUGCUAUGGAUAUGAAGCUGAGAGGAAUGUACAUAGCCAGACAGUUGAGUUUUUCAGGUGUAACUUUCAAAAUCGACGAAGUUCUGCUCUCACAGGAAUAUGUCAAAAUGUACAAUAAAUCUGUGAAACUGUGGGUCAGUGCUCGAGAGAGGUUUCAGCAAGCGGCCGAUCUCAUCGAUGCAGAGCAGCGCAUGAAGAAGUCCAUGUGGGGUCAGUUCUGGUCAGCUCACCAGAGGUUUUUCAAGUACCUUUGCAUAGCCUCAAAGGUGAAGAGGGUGGUGCAGCUGGCUCGGGAAGAAAUCAAGAAUGGCAAAUGCGUUGUCAUUGGCCUGCAGUCAACAGGAGAAGCAAGAACAUUGGAAGCUUUGGAGGAAGGUGGUGGGGAACUGAAUGACUUUGUUUCUACAGCAAAAGGAGUAUUCCAGUCUCUUAUUGAGAAGCACUUUCCAGCUCCUGACAGGAAGAAGCUGUUCAGCUUGUUGGGAAUUGACCUGACUGCUCAAAGUAAUAACAACUCACCCCGAGACAGCCCUUGCAAGGAGAACAAAGUAAAGAAACGAAAAGGUGAAGAAAUAAGCAGAGAAGCCAAAAAAGCCCGUAAAACAGGUGGCCUUGCAGGGAGCAGCUCUGAUGAGAGUGAAAGUGAGUCUGAUGCUUCAGACAAUGAAGAAAGUGACAAUGAGAGCUCCAAAUUUUUGAGUUCUGGAGACGAUGAUGACUUCAACCCGUUCAGAGAUGAAUCCAGUGAAGAUGAUGAAGAUGAUCCCUGGUUGAUUAGAAAAGAGCAUAAAAAAAAUAAAGAAAAGAAAAAGAAGAAAAGCAUAGACCCAGAUUCUAUUCAAAGUGCCUUACUAGCCUCUGGUCUGGGAUCCAAACGACCCAGCUGCUUCACUUCCACUGUUGGAACCACCACUUCUAGUACCAACACGUCUGCAAACAGUAACACAAACAGCAGCUUUGUAACGAGUCAGGAUGCUGUUGAAAGGGCCCAACAAAUGAAAAAAGAACUGCUGGAUAAACUGGAAAAGCUGGCUGAAGAUCUUCCACCUAAUACACUGGAUGAGCUUAUAGAUGAACUGGGUGGUCCUGAAAACGUUGCAGAGAUGACAGGCCGCAAAGGCAGAGUGGUGAGCAAUGACGAUGGCAGCAUCUCGUACGAGUCAAGGUCUGAACUCGAUGUGCCCGUUGAAAUCCUGAACAUCACAGAAAAGCAGAGGUUCAUGGAUGGAGAUAAGAACAUUGCCAUCAUCUCAGAGGCUGCCAGCUCUGGUAUCUCACUGCAAGCAGACCGCAGGGCCAAGAACCAGAGGCGGAGGGUUCACAUGACCCUGGAGCUGCCGUGGAGCGCGGACAGAGCAAUCCAGCAGUUUGGAAGAACUCAUAGAUCCAACCAAGUGACUGCUCCAGAGUAUGUGUUCCUCAUUUCUGAACUGGCAGGAGAGCAAAGAUUUGCAUCUAUAGUUGCAAAAAGACUGGAGAGUUUGGGAGCCCUCACCCACGGGGACAGACGGGCCACAGAAACUCGAGACCUCAGCAGAUUCAAUUUUGACAACAAGUAUGGCAGAAAUGCUCUGGAGAUUGUUAUGAAAUCCAUUGUGAACUUGGAUUCCCCAAUGGUCUCACCUCCUCCUGAUUUUCCUGGAGACUUCUUCAAAGAUGUUCGUCAGGGAUUGAUUGGUGUAGGCUUGAUAAAUGUAGAAGACAGAUCUGGAAUCCUGACGCUUGACAAAGAUUACAACAACAUAGGGAAAUUUCUGAAUCGAAUUCUUGGUAUGGAAGUCCAUCAGCAGAAUGCUUUGUUCCAGUACUUCUCUGACACAUUAAAUGCAGUUAUUCAAAAUGCUAAAAAGAAUGGAAGAUAUGACAUGGGCAUCUUAGAUCUGGGCUCUGGGGAUGAGAAAGUGAGGAAGGCAGAUGUUAAGAAGUUUCUAACUCCUGGAUAUUCUACCUCUGGACAUGUUGAGCUGUACACAAUCAGUGUGGAGAGAGGAAUGUCUUGGGAUGAAGCAACAAAGAUGUGGGCAGAACAGACAGGUCCAGAUGAUGGAUUUUAUUUAUCACUACAGAUAAGAAAUAACAAGAAAACAGCAAUUCUAGUAAAAGAAGUGAAUCCUAAAAAGAGGCUUUUUUUGAUAUACAGACCAAAUACUGGGAAACAACUCAAACUAGAAACAUGUGCAGACCUGAAAAAGAAAUAUAAGAAGGUACCUUCUGAGGAUGCUCUGCCACACUGGCUGGAGCAGUACAACUCCUCUGCAGACACCUGCACCCACGCCUACUGGAGAGGCAAUUGCAAGAAGGCAGGCCUGGGGCUGGUCUGUGAGGUGGGGCUGCGCUGCAGAACCUACUACGUGCUGUGUGGCUCCGUGCUGAGCGUGUGGACAAAGGUGGAAGGAGUCCUGGCCUCCGUCAGUGGCACAAACGUCAAAAUGCAAAUCGUUCGCCUGAGGACAGAGGACGGGCAGAGGAUCGUAGGUUUGAUCAUUCCUGCAAAUUGUGUGUCGCCCCUCGUGAACCUCCUGUCGACGUCCGACCAGUCGCAGCAGCUCGCAGUGCAGCAGCAGCAGAUCUGGCAGCAGCACCACCCCCAGAGCAUCACCAACCUCAACAACGCAUAAGAGGACAAGCUACAGGUGUUGACUUUGGUGUUUGAGGAAAAGGCUGUAAAAGCAUAUCACUUGCAUAAAAAUCAGGGACAGAUUCCAAAGAAAUAUAACUUUUUCAGUUCAGUUGUGUCUCAAAUACUUUGGGAAUAAAGAGAUCUAAAAAGGUUGGUAGAACUGAAAGCCAGCAGCUGUUUAUGGUGGUGCAUCUGUCUUUCCUUAUGCUCUCUGUAGUGCUUCCUGUUUGCUUUUACUUUUGGCCUUUUAAGCUACAAACCACAAUUUGUUUGAAAAUGCUUGAAAAUCCCCAAGCAGGCUUUAUUUUUAUCUUGUCAUACAGUGCUCAGGGUUUAACGCAGUGCAUCGAUGCCAUUGCUGUGGGAGAUCUCGAAUGCAUGUAUUGAGUAUAUAUAUAGAAAAUAUAUAUUGGGUUUUUCUCUUCAAUUUGAGUUUAUAAAAGCAUGAAACCUAGAGGUUGCACAUCAUGCAUUCAGGUUCCUUCCCAGUUUCUGUUUGACAGUGCAUGUCUUUGGAAACGGGCAUGGACAGCAUAAACACACGAGACAGGAAUUCAGAGAGAAACACAAUCUUAGUUGUACAGCAUUGGUUAUUGCAUUUUUAUAGUGUUUAUACCCAGGUGUUGCAUUUUUUUCUGGUUCUCUCCUGGGAGUUAUAUAUUUGAGUCUACAACAUGUUCUUUUUUGUGAUAAACAUCUUAAAUUAAAAUUAGUUCAUUUUUAAUGUAUUAAUGGUAUUCCUAAUGUGUACUGCAAAGAUGGCUGGAUGCCUGUUUUCCUUAAAUUGAAGCAUUUCCUUAAUCUGAGGUGGUUAUGGAAACUUAAGUGCAAAUUCACUUCCAUCUUGCAUACAAUCUUAUAUUUUUUACUUCAUUAACAUAAUUUAAUUUGUCACUUUUAAGAUGAAACCUUACUUGAGCUGUAAAUUAGAGAAUGGGAAACACUUGAGGGUUCCGCUGUAUGUGCUGUUUCUGUUAUGUUUAAUAUGUUGUAAGACAUUGUAGAGUUUAUCUGGAGCUGUUUAAAAGAAAUUGUAAUGUACAAAUGUGAAUAGUCACUUAUCUAUAAUAUGGGUAAGUUUUGUUUUGCCUAUAAUAGUAGAUGUUUAUAAGAAAGUGAAGGACAAUGUUUGUCAUUUCUUGCUUGCACAGGUUGCACUAUUGAAAAAUUGAGAUUGUAUAAACCUGUCCAAAAAACUACAAGAUAAUGAUCUUGUAGAUGUCAAAUAAAAGUUAUUGUACUAACAAGAAGUGGAGUCUUGUUUAGGCAAUCACCAUAUUCCAAAAAAACUAACAAGUCUGUACAAUUGGAAUUCGACAGGACUUGGCAUGUUCCAGGCUGCUCUAACCAGGCUUCUGUCUUGCAGCCCAAAUCUCGGCUGAACUCGCUAAUGAGGCAAGAACUAAACUCUGUCUAAACCUCCGUGUGUAUUUUAAGGAAGGCUCAGUUCCAGAGCAGGAUGGCUGCAGGUGUGGCAACUCUGAAGCACUUGGUGAGCCACUCAAGGGUCAGAAAGAGUGGGGCUGAAGAAGGGGGUUCCCUUAUGGAAUUAUUGCUCCUGAGGCUCAGUUAAUGCUCCCUGUGCCAGUAGCUCAGUGUGGUCACAGAGCAAAGGACGUUUGCCCAAUUCCCUCAGCCCCAGCCUGAAGUGGUCAGGAGGGAUGAAUCCCCUGCUCAUGCUUGGGAUAACUGGAAAUGCAGAUCUGGAAUAAAUCCUGCUGCACCUCUGUAAAUACCUGGGAUGCAGGUGCUCGGUGUUGGGGGACCUUCAGUCUGCUGGGAGCGAGGGAGGGGAGCUGAGCACUGUCACAGCACUGGGAGCUGAUGAUGCCCUGCCAAACUCUAGAGCACAGCGUGUGGGGGAGGCUGUUCCUGUGUUCUGUACCCACCAGGGGAUGUAUUUGGCACCCAUUCCAGGAGCAGGGCUGGGAUUUUGAGGAGUGUGUUGACAGAUUACUACUGCAGCAGACAGCGAACCAAACUGCCAGGCUGUGUGUGGCUCUUGCUUAAUUGUUACUUGCUGUAGAAACUUCUGCCAUCUGAGAUGAUGACAUAACAUUUUAGGUCUUGAUCCUCAGUAAAAUAGUUCUGGAAGUGGUAGAUUCACAAUUAGUGAUUUUUUUUUUUAAUAUAAUUAUUUAAAUACACUCAGUUCCUAAGUGCUCUUCUCAGCCUGGUGUGCUCACUUUGAUUGUUGGGAUGAGCAAAUCUGAUAUUCCCUGUAUUGAUGAGCAAACAGUGCUAUUUUGCUUCAACCUUUUAAACUUCCCAUGGACUUGUGUUCCCUGGAGGGGAAAAAAGCUGACAGUACUUCCAAGAUCCAUAAGAACUGUUCCUGUUCCAGAAACCCAUUCUUCUACUUGCUCUUCUUUGCCUGCUCCCUGCUCCUUGCAGCAUCACUGCCUUGGCUUUGCCAACCACUUACUAACACAGCUGCAACCACGGCUCUGGACUGUUGUAACAUCUUGAAAAUUAACAUUAAAAAAAGAAAAAAAAAGAAAAGAAAACUGCAUUCAAGCCACAGCAGUAUUUUCUCUCUUGAAAAUUCCUACUUGGUGCUUGGGGUGUGGAUUUUGGCAUUUGUUCCCUGCAUGAGCUGCUGAUAAAGCUUGGGGAGAAAGGGAAUAUAAAUUACCCUGGAUGGGGUAAGAACAGUGAGUGGUGUCCCUUUGCAGCACUGCCUGUGAGACUGACAUCCUCCUGAGGAGGAAAAAAAGACCAAUUAUUAAAUCAUAAAUUACCAGGCCAGGCAAGGGUGGUCUCUGUAUUUUCCUGCUUGUGGGAUAUUGAUCUGCUGUGUGCAAAAUGAAAUACAAAAUGCUUUGUACAUCUGAAAUGGAUAUAAAACCUAUGAAGGACAGAGGGCUCUGGUAAAAGGGACAAUGCCACGUGCAAAAUGGCAGCAUCUUCUGUACUGUGUGGAUUUUGGAAUUGUGCUGCAGAAGGGGAAGGUACAUAUUUGAGUUGAUUUGGGAACUGAAAACCCAAAUUUUUGGUCCUUUUUUUUCUAACUGUCCCUUGACAGCAACUAAGUUGUGACUUGUUAACUAGUUUCACAAUUAAGAUAUGUCUGGCAUGAUAAAUGCAAUUGUAACCCCCUCAAAACCUCCUUGCACUGCAAGUAUUCCACUUUUUCCAGUGGCUGUGUGGUUCAUUGGGAGCACGCUCCUCUUGUAAGGACUUAAAAGUUCCCCAAAGAUGCAAGUUCUCUGUUCCAUGUGUAGUAUUUUCUUUGUAAAUGGAGAAAUCUCUGCAACCUGUAAACGCUUGUUCAAGUGAAUUAUCAAGGGGUUUUGUAUUUUUCUUCUGUGUUUGGAAUAACUUCACUCGGCUCCCAGCGCAGUCUGUACAUAAAUAGAGCCUGUUUGUAUAUAGAGGUGUUAAAGGCUACUGAACUAUUGAAUGUAAAUAACUCUCGUUUUCCUCUGUGGUUUUUUCCUUCUUGACCUUCCCAAGAUGUAUUCCUAUUUUCUCAGCCUGCCACAUGGGCAGCUUGUGUGUACUUUGAAAUAUAUAUAGAGCAUAUAUAAACCUUC